GAUACGCAUGCGCGGCUGAUCUGCACAUGCGCAAUACUCACGCUGCCGCCGCCGUCGCUGCCAGGCUGAGGUGGCAGCAGGGGGCAGGACGCGCAGCGCUAUGGCCGAGGGCAGCGGGGAAGUGGUCGCAGUGUCUGCGGCCGGGGCUGCCAACGGCCUCAACAAUGGGGCAGGCGGGAUCUCGGCGACGACCAGCAACCCGCUGUCGCGCAAGCUGCAUAAGAUCCUGGAGACGCGACUGGACAACGAUAAGGAGAUGUUAGAAGCUCUCAAGGCACUUUCAACCUUUUUUGUUGAAAAUAGUCUGCGGACUCGAAGAAAUUUACGUGGAGAUAUUGAACGUAGAAGUUUAGCCAUCAAUGAAGAAUUUGUAAGCAUUUUCAAGGAAGUGAAGGAGGAACUUGAAAGCAUAAGCGAAGAUGUUCAAGCAAUGAGCAACUGUUGUCAAGAUAUGACAAGUCGCCUACAGGCAGCAAAGGAACAGACUCAAGAUUUAAUAGUAAAAACCACUAAGCUUCAAUCUGAAAGCCAAAAAUUAGAGAUAAGAGCACAAGUUGCAGAUGCCUUCUUAUCCAAGUUCCAACUAACUUCUGGUGAAAUGAAUCUUCUCCGAGGUACAAGAGAAGGACCCAUUACUGAGGAUUUUUUCAAGGCACUGGGAAGAGUAAAACAGAUUCAUAAUGAUGUCAAAGUUCUCUUGCGUACAAAUCAACAAACGGCAGGUUUAGAAAUUAUGGAACAGAUGGCCUUACUUCAGGAAACGGCUUAUGAAAGACUUUACCGAUGGGCCCAAAGUGAAUGCAGAACAUUGACACAAGAAUCAUGUGACGUAUCUCCAGUAUUGACACAGGCAAUGGAAGCCCUGCAGGACAGACCUGUCUUAUAUAAAUAUACCUUAGAUGAAUUUGGAACAGCCAGAAGAAGUACAGUUGUUCGUGGAUUUAUUGAUGCGCUCACAAGAGGGGGCCCCGGAGGUACACCUAGACCAAUUGAAAUGCAUUCUCAUGACCCUUUGAGGUAUGUAGGAGAUAUGUUGGCUUGGCUCCAUCAAGCUACUGCUUCUGAAAAGGAACACCUUGAAGCUCUCUUAAAGCAUGUAACUACACAAGGUGUUGAAGAAAAUAUUCAAGAAGUUGUUGGGCAUAUCACUGAAGGUGUGUGCAGGCCUCUAAAGGUUCGAAUUGAGCAAGUAAUAGUUGCUGAACCUGGGGCAGUUUUAUUAUAUAAAAUUUCUAAUCUCCUCAAAUUUUAUCACCAUACAAUCAGUGGUAUUGUUGGAAAUAGUGCAACUACAUUAUUGACUACCAUUGAAGAAAUGCAUUUGCUAAGCAAAAAAAUAUUCUUCAAUAGCUUGAGUCUUCAUGCAAGUAAAUUAAUGGACAAGGUUGAACUCCCACCACCUGAUCUUGGACCAAGUUCUGCACUAAAUCAGACACUCAUGUUGCUGCGUGAAGUUUUAGCAUCUCACGAUUCUUCAGUUGUACCAUUAGAUGCUCGUCAAGCUGAUUUUGUGCAGGUUUUAUCAUGUGUCUUGGAUCCUCUCCUACAGAUGUGUACUGUAUCAGCCAGCAAUUUAGGCACAGCUGACAUGGCCACUUUCAUGGUCAAUUCACUAUAUAUGAUGAAGACAACAUUAGCUCUAUUUGAAUUCACUGACAGACGUCUGGAAAUGCUACAGUUUCAGAUCGAAGCACAUUUGGACACACUUAUAAAUGAGCAAGCCUCUUAUGUUUUAACUAGGGUAGGCUUGAGUUACAUCUAUAACACUGUACAGCAACAUAAACCUGAACAGGGCUGUUUAGCUAAUAUGCCCAACCUAGAUUCUGUGACACUGAAGGCUGCAAUGGUUCAGUUUGAUCGUUAUCUGUCAGCCCCAGACAACCUAUUAAUACCACAGCUGAACUUUCUUCUAAGUGCCACAGUGAAAGAGCAGAUCAUAAAACAAUCUACAGAAUUAGUUUGCAGAGCCUAUCGAGAAUUGUAUGCAGCUGUGAUGAAUCCAAUCAAUGAAUACAAAGAUCCAGAGAACAUUCUUCACCGAUCUCCGCAGCAAGUGCAGACGCUUCUUUCCUGAUUAUCUUAUUUCAUUGCGUUAGCAAAAUAUGACCUCCCUAAAACACAUAAGGUUAUUUUUUAUUCUUUGAAUUUUUACUUUAUAAUUUGAUAGUUACAGUUUUCUUUGUAUCAUAAGAUUGUAAGUCCCGAUAAUUUUUUUUUUUUUUUUGGUCUCAGUAACAGGGAAGUAAGUAACAUGUUGACCUGAGCUAGUAUUGCUGUGUAUCUAUUCUAAAUGAGAUGAUAUAUUUUUUUGCUAGCCAUCUCUCCAGCUCUGCAGUUUUCACUGUAUUCAGGAAGCAUAAAGUAGUAUGAAAGGUUUGAAGAAUUUUUUUUUACAAGACUAGUUCUAAAUUAACAGCAUAUAAAAAAUUUGUCAAAAUUUAAGAAUUAGUAUAAGGAUAUGACCUAAUAAAUGUCUCCUUACCUAAAGAUUCAUUUGCUUUCUUAUUAAUAUGAGUAGGCAUACUUAGUUUUUUUGAACCUAGCCUAUGUCUCUGUCCCCAAAAUAGCUGCCCUUAAAGAGUUGUUAGAAGAGAGAAAAAUAACAGUGAAUUCUGCUCCUGGUGUAUAUGGCAGUGAAUCUCCUUUCUGUUCUACUUUGGCAUACUAUAUGUAUUUGACUGUGUACAUUUUUAUGCAAUUUUAAAUAUACACUCAGCAAUAAUUAGAAAAAAAGGGAAGAGAAAAGUGAUUUAAACAGGGUAGAUUCCACUCUGUGGGAGCCUUUGAUGGAACUCAAGGUGGAGCUCAGCCUUUCCAAUGAGCUGUAAGCAUGUAGAUAGCCUGAGCUGUGUCUAAGUCUGAUGUUUAAAGAUGGGUAUUUGUCAUACAAUAUGGGUCCUAAAUCCAACCAACUACACAUUUUAUCUGGUGUUCAAACCAAAGAAACAAUGAUCUACUCAAACAUUGGAGAAAAAAACUGCCAGAGGAGGAGUUGCCAAUUGGCAGUGUGUCUUAUCUCCAUGUUGUAACUGGACUCUGAUUUUAGACCAUUACCUAUUAGGAAGAUUCAAAAUGACUGUAUUUUUAAAGGAAUAAAUCCCAGUGUGCCUGAUUUUACAUUCUUGUCAGCAAAAAAAACUUAAUUUCCAGUAAAUCUAUAAAAACAGGUAAGUCCCUAAAUUACAAAUGAGAAAAUUGAAGCACAAGGAAAAAAAUAACUAGUUUGAAAUAUUUUGAAAAGUAAUAACAUAAAACUAGUAUUUGUAGAAGAUUGUGUGUUGUAUAUAACAAAUUAGUAUUUAUAGAAUAUGACCUAUUUAUCUGAAGUUUAUAAUUGUUUAUACCUAAUACAAUUCUUUUUGGAGUAAGAAUGAUUAUAUAAUCAUUAUCCAUUUGGGUAUAAAUCUGUGUUUUUAGUUUUUUCCCUUCGAUUAGUAUGUGUUAUAUAUAAAAGACAAAAAAUAAAGUAUAAAUCAAGAGCUUAAAUUUUGUAUAAUUUAUUUCUACAGUGAAAGAAGAUUGAUACCUUGCUAUGAAUGAAUUCCUUUGUUUUAUAGGGAAAAAUUUAUUGUGCUUUUUACCUGGUUUUUUCAAAUAAAAUAUUAAAAUAUU